CGCCUGGACGACCUCGACUCCAGUUUCAUGGGCUUUGUGGAGCAUGACCUGUGCCACAUCUACGACUUGCAGGACGCCACCUCCUACGCGGGUCAUCGCCAGGACAGCCACGCGCCUGAGGGGCUCCAGUUGCACGAGUGGGCAUGGCCAGUGGUGCACUUUGCUGUUCGGCAGGAACGCCCCUCCUGCCUCGUCAUCUUGCAGGCCUAUCAGUCCGUGGUCGAGGCGCGCGCCCAGUCCAUGGAGCAUUGCAUCGCCUCGCAGCGCGUCCGCAGUUUCCACAAGUGGGCCCAGGACUCCCUGGUGACUGGCGCCGCCCCCCUCUUCGGCGUGACCAAGUUGAAGGGCUGGGCGCACAGUGAGGCGGUCUCCUUCGGCAUUCGUACCUCCCUCCCGCAGGCUGUCGCCGACGACCAGAUGCG